GUGAUGUGCUUACACUCACACCAAUGCACCAGUUAGCAUAGAACCGAACGAGGCCUUUCAUCUCCCUUGCUCGUCAGUUCACUUUCGUUAGCAGUCCCACAGGCAGGACGUGCGCGUUAUAGCUCCGCGAUACUCGGGCGAUUGCCAGCGGCAAAAUGGCAGACUCCACAUUUGGCGAUCCUGCCAGGAGGUGAUGCGGAAGGGACCAGGCUGGACGAACCUAUCUUGGGAUGAGUGAGGUACGUGUUCUGUUUGCUCAACCAUGAAAUCGUUCACAUCGUCAAACAACUGUCAGCACACAUCAUAAAGAUGGAAAACACUUCAAACAUUUAUCGGAUCGCGUAUUUGCUGAAAACGCGAUGACAGUUCCAACGACAAAGUUCUGCCCGCAAAGCAACAGAAACUCCGGGCACAUAGCGCAAGCCAAGUAUAGCUGUUUGCUACGAGUUGCAAUUUUAUGCGUAUGAUGAGUUGGAAUCUUUUUAUAGAGUUUUAUCAGCCUGAGGGCAUCCGUAUACUAGCACAUAGGAUUUGACAGCGUCAAACAUGUCCGGGUCGCAAAUGCAAUUUGCGACCACUGUCACUCGCGAGAACUGCCAAACUCUCAAGCUGGUGUAAAACAAGGCACUUAACAUACUACCAGCUUAAAGCCGUACUACUUAAUGCGAGGCUAGAAAAUGUGGCCCAUGCCGAGGUUAAAUUCGAUUCCGAUCUCCCGGAGUUUCGCACCAGCGGUGGAGUAAACGCUGGAGCGGCCAAAAAUGAAUUCUACGUCCAGCCGGUGAUGUGGGUGAAGGCACUGGACAUGGUCCUGGAUCGCCUGGUGGUGCAAGGGGGUGAUCUGAGCACGGUAAUGGCCGUGAGUGGUUCGGCCCAGCAGCACGGUUCGCUCUACUGGUCGCGCAAUGGGGUCCACACACUGCAACAUCUGGAUGCCGAUAAAUUCUUGCACACCCAAAUUGACGACUCGGCAUUCACCGUCCAUCGGACCCCCAUCUGGAUGGAUAGUACCACAGUCAAGCAGUGCGAAGCGAUGGAGGAAACGGUUGGCGGUCGGGAGAAAAUGGUGGCGAUCACCGGAUCUAAGUGCUAUGAGCGCUUCACUGGACCGCAGAUACGCAAGGUUUAUCAGCAGCGCCCCGAUUGCUACCGGAACACGGAACGCAUUUCUUUGGUCAGUAGUUUUCUGGCCUCGAUCUUUCUGGGGGAAGUCGCACCGAUUGAUUUCUCCGAUGGUUCCGGUAUGAAUUUGCUGGACAUCAGGAAGCGCGCUUGGUCCGAGGUCUGUCUGACUGCCUGUGCUCCGAAUUUGGAGAGCAAACUUGGAAUGGCGGUGCCAACAAAUUCGGUGAUCGGGAAGAUUGGGCAGUUUUUUGUGCAGCGGUACAAUUUUAACACAGCUUGCAAGGUGGUGGCAUUUACCGGGGAUAAUUUGUCUGCCCUAGCUGGGAUGACCAUCGGAGAUAAUUGGCUAGCGCUUUCGCUAGGAACAAGCGAUACAAUCAUGAUGAAGCUCAACGAACCGCCCAAUCUGCAGGAAGGACAUGUGAUGGUGCAUCCAACCGAUGAUGGUUACAUGGGUCUGCUGUGCUUCCGCAACGGUUCUCUCGUGCGCGACAUCUUCAAGCGUGCUGAAGCGAACGACAACUGGGAAAACUUUAGCGAACUACUGGAUUCCACCCCACGGGGAAACUUUGGAAACAUUGCACUCCAUUUCAUCUCGAAAGAAAUCAUUCCACCAAUCAAGGGGUCCCUUCGGUGGAAUAAAUCUUCCAACUUGGACGAUCCGGAAGCUGCCCGAGGGGUGCUAAAAUACAGCUCUCCACAGAACGAAAUCCGUGCGCUGGUAGAAGGACAAAUGCUAACCAGGAAAGCGUACGCCACUGAGAUGGGAUUCAGUUUCGGCGAGAAUACUCGAAUUUUGGCUACCGGUGGAGCCUCCGCCAAUAAAUCUAUCCUUCAGGUUGCCUCGGAUGUGUUCAACGCACCUGUCUACACCCAGAAGACUACGGAAGCGGCACUGCUCGGUGCGGCCUAUAGAGCCAAAUACGUUCUCGAGCUGACCCGGGCGAAGGAACGUGGGAGCUCGAAGACACUUGAUUCAUACUAUGAGUAUAUCCGUAAAUUGCUUCCCGAGCACAGUACGGUGCGGGUUUGUGAUCCAUCCCAGGACAGUAGCGAUAUUUACGGCCAGAUGCUUGAACGCCACCAUCAAAUGGUGCAGUACAUGACGGAUCAUCAAGAUUGAGUGGGUAAAACGGGCUGACGGAUAGGAUAAGAGCGCUUUGAGCAUUCCAUUUUGUUACAGUAUAAGAUACUAAUCGUGAGAAUCGUGCUAUCAUCCAUACCACAGCGAUUUUUAAUAUGCUAGUGUAAGAUGGAUUAGGAACCUUUUUUCUGUGUCUAGAUAAUCUAGGGAGAUUUGAUCUGAAAUGCUAAUCCCAUCUUGUACUACUUUAGUGGGCUUCCUGGCUUUCGGACAUAUCGGUUUUCAAACAAGAGUUGUUCUCCGAGUCUUCGUUUCUCCGACUCUGUUCGUCAUUUUAUUAACUCAUUUUUCAUACCUUAAAUCUAGUACUACAAUAAAAAUAUAUGGCAGAAGAAAGUGGGAGUUGUCUUAGAAGCUUUAGUUAUUUACUGCCCAUCCAAUCAGAAAUGAAUGGUAAGCAAAACAUAGUUAUACAAUCAAACGCGCGAAUGGUACGCCAGUUGCGAAACCAUAAAUAAAUGAAAACAUGCUUGCAAAAUGCGCUGAGCGUUCUAUGAAGUUUGCUGCGCACGCGGAAAUGAGUUGACCUAGUAACGCUUGUAAACACAAGUGUUCUGGUUGAAGUUUCAAUAUUUGGGCGACACAGUAAACAUGUAUGUUACUGUCGCUUCGUUAUUUUUAUUAUGCCAUUUGCGGAAGUAUACAAAUGAGUAAGCUAACGGGUUUUGAAAUAUGUGACGUUGAAAAAUGGGUUGAAUUUCUUAUUGAAAGGAUUUGAAGAUUUGAUCUCUUGAGAGAGAUUGGAAUUUAAAAUAGUUAGAAUACAUCAUCGAAAAUAGUUAUAGUACAUCAUCCCCCUUUAGGUGAAUGAUGUAACAUAGUGGAAACAUUCAAAAGCAUUAACAAUGCCUCUGGAAAAAAAAAUCAAAGAUUGCUUCAGACACUCUUACAAAAAAAUUCUUUUUAUUUAAUAUAUUUUACAAUAUAAUUUUUAAUUAUUUAUUGCCAUCUUUCAUUUUUUUAUAACACAAUUUCUUAAAUUUUUAUUAGCCUAUUUUUAUGUACUCUAAAUGCUUGUUGUGAUAUUUGAUGUAUUAUUUCACAAUUUGGUUCUUCUAUUUCUUUUACUACAUAUGGUCCGUUGUAAAAUGAAUCUAAUUUUUUUUUCGUUUAAAUUUUUGUUUCAUAAGUUCUUGUUUCGCUAAUUCAUGUGAUUUUUGUAGUUUGUAUUUCAAUUCUUUGCUGUAUAGUUCAAAAUUAUAUAUUGGAUCAAUUCUUCCUGUUUGUAAACAUUGUAAAUUUGGUGUUAUUGGUUUUGUUCCAAAUACUAAUUCAUAUGGAGUAAAUCCAUGUCCUGAAUGAGGUGUUGAGUUAUAGUUAAAAGCAUAAAAUUGAAGCCAAUCAUCCCAGUCUGUAUGGUGUUCACUGGCAAAGGAUCUCAGAUACUCAUUGAGACAUCUGUGAUUUCGCUCUAGUGAUCCCAUAGUCUGUGGAUGAUAUGCUGUUGCAAAAGUUUGUUUAAUUUGGAGUAAUUUGCAAAUUUGUUCUAGCACUUCGUUUUUAUAUUCAGUCCCUUGGUCUGAUUUCAAUUCCAAAAAUGUACCAUAUAUGAGGAUAAAAUUUUCUACUAAGGCUUUUGCUAUAACGUUUGCUUCCUUAGUUUGUAUUGGUAUCAAUGUAAUAUAUUUGGUUAAUUCACAUUGUAUGGUAAUAGCAUAUCUGUUGUUUUUAAUAGUUUUUGGAAGUGGUCCUAUAGUAUCUAUAGAGACAACUUCAAAAGGUUUCGAAGGUGAGGUUGUAAUAACUAAUUUUUCUCUAGUAUGUGUUGUUAUUUUAUUGAUUUUACACAAUUCACAGGCCCUUAUGAAUUGCGCAAUUGUCUUUUUCAUAUUUUUCCAUGUAUACCAUUCUCGAAGUUUUCUGUACAGUCGAUGCUGUCCACUAUGUCCUCCGAGUGGUGUUUCAUGGUUUUCCCUCAGAAUUCUUUGUAUUUCGCAAGGAUCACUAAUGAACUUUGCUGGUUUAAAAAUUAAAAUUUUAAUAUUUUUAAGUACACGGUUACACAAUUGUUUUAAAAUUCCGGCCGGAAUAAUGUUGAAUAUAUCAUCGUCAAAUGGUAGCGCUAUUAUUUCAAUAUUCAUUUUCUUCAUAUUAUUAUCAAGUUUUGAAAAGGCAAACUCUAAUGUUUGAUUUCCAUUGUAUAUUUGUGUUUCAAACUCAUACACGAAUGUAGGGUGUUUAGUGUACGGCGCUCCAUAGUAUAUUGUAAAUUUGAGAUUAUUUCUGUGUGCUUUAACCAUAAGCUUAGGUAAACGUUUAACUUUAGUUUGAUUUUCGAUGUCAUACAUAGCAAGGUGAUCAAUCUCGCUAGUAUUAACACUUUUUUCCUUAGUAAUAUCUUGUUUAUUUUUCCUCGUCAUUGCUCUUGUAUUAACCUUGAGUACAGAGAGUUGUUUUAACUCAUCCGAAGAGGUUACAAUCCGUGAUAACGCAUCAGCACAAACAUUAGAUUUUCCUUUUAUAUAUUCUAUUGUAAAGUCGUAAUCUGAUAGAUCAAGCCUCAUCCUAGUUAAUUUUGAUGUGGGAUCUUUCAUUCCAAAAAGAAAGACUAGAGGUCUGUGGUCUGUUCUUACUAAAAAUUUUCUACCAUAAAGAUACGCUUUGAAGUGAUUAACUGCCCAAUGAAUGGCAGUUAGUUCUUUUAAAAUAACGGCUUUAUUUUUUUCGCCUUUUGUAAAAGUUUUACUAGCAAAUGCUAUUGGAAGAUCAUUGCCAUUUAUAUUUUGAGAUAACACUGCUCCACAUCCAACAUCGGAUGCAUCAGUAGUGAGAAUAAAAUUUUUUGAAAAAUCUGGAAAUUGUAAUGUUGUCGGUGACAUCAGAUACUGUUUAAGCGUUUCAAAAGCUUGUUGGCACUGCAAUGACCAAAUAAAUUGAACGUUUUUCUUUAGUAAUUGGUUUAAUGGGUGUGCUAUUAUUGCAAAAUUUGGCACAAACUUGCGAUAGUAGUUGCAAAAAGCAACAAAUCGUCUUACAUCAUCGUUAUUUUUAGGUACCGGAUAAUUCAGUACAGAUUCAUAUUUCGAGUCGUCAGGCAGAAUACCAUUGUCGGUUAUUUUGUGACCUAAAUACGUUACUUCGGUGCUAAAGAAUUUACACUUUUUCGCGUUUAAUUUCAAAUUGUACUUUCUUAAUCUGUCAAAAACUGUUGCUAAAUUUGUCAAGUGGUGUCGGAUCGAACAUCCUACCACGAUAAUAUCAUCUAUAUAGACGAAAGCCAUUUCAGGUGUUAAACCUGCCAUUGCGAUCGUCAUCAUUCUUUGAAAGCUAUUUGGACUAAUGUUUAAUCCAAACGGUAAUCUAGUAAAUUGAUAGUGUCCUGAUUGUGUAGAAAAGGAAGUGUAUUUUCUCGAAUCUUCAUCUAAAUGUAUUUGAUGAAAACCUGACAUUAAGUCAAAUGUUGUAAAAAAAUUUGCUCGACCAAGUUGAUCAAGAAUAGUAUCAAUUCUCGGCAGUGGAAACUUAUCUGCUAGUAUUUUCUUAUUUAGUUGUCGAAAAUCAACAACUAGACGCCAUUUCUUUGUACUGUUUUCUGCCUUUUUAGGAACUAACAAAAUAGGAUUAUUGUAUGGCGAUACUGAUGGUUCUAUUAUGUUUUCUUUCAGCAUCUUACAUACUUGGUUAUUAAUUUCUUCACUUUGUGAAUGUAUAGUUUUAUAAUUAGGUAUAUAUACAGGGACAUUAUCGAUUAAAUUAAUAUUUUGGCUAUAAAAAUUAUUCUUUGAUAGUGUUUCAUUUGGUAAACAGAACACAUCUGCAUAGUUUUUUAUUAGUUUAAAAAAUUGAUUUUUCGCGAAUUGUGGGAUAUUUUCCAUAUCAAUCUCAUUAAUUAUUUCAUUGAUCCGCACUUUAUUGCUAGGAUUAUUUAUUUUCAUAUUAAAUGAAUAGUAAAUUCGUAAUGGUUCCAUAAUUGGGCUAAACUUAUCUAUAUAUACAGAUUUAUCUGUAGUAUUUACAAAUUUUAUACAAGGAUUAUUGGGAGAAAUUAUGGUGUUUCCACAGAUUAUUCCAGGUUGGAUUUCUUUGGAGAAAACUACCAUAUCUUCCGUUAUAUUUAAUGAUGAAAUGUUUCUAAUCACUUCACUCCGGCUAGGUAAAAUAAAUCCAUUAUUUAUACUAUCCUCUAUUGGAACUUCGAUCUGAUGGUUAUCGAAAUAAAAUUUCAAUAGCCAUUGAUCGUAGUCUAUUAUGCAUCUAUAUUUACAAAAGAAAUCACGGCCUAAUAUGCCGUCCGUCGGUAUUGGGAAAUUAUUGUCUACAAUCUGAAGGUUGUGCCUAAGUGUAAGGCCAUUAUCAAAUUGCAAUAUUGUCUCUGUUUCCGCGAUGGUUUCGGUUGUACCAUCGGUAACACCUGUUAUUUGAAAUCGCUUCAGUGGGUCAAUUUUCUGCAACGUUGAAAUUUUUCCCCGUUUGAAAACAGAUAUGUCCGAACCAGAAUCAAUUAUGAAUGAACAUUUGGCGCCAGUCAUAUGUACGAGUAUCGUAAUAAAGUUUGUUGCACCCAGAUUCAUUGCAUACGUUGUUCUGAUUACGGGCGUUGUCCUAAAAAAUUAUAUUGAGGUAGUACCUGCUGACCUUCAGUUUGGUUUAACUGAUUCAGCAUGUUUUGUGUUUGUCCAAACGGUGCAUGUGUAAAACUGACACCGUUUUCGAUGUUUGGUAUAUUAACUUGUGGGACAGCGAGUAACUGAGUCGCUGCCCCCGUGUAUAUUCUUUGUUGUUGUUGAAAGUUUCGAUUUGCGUUAGCGUCUCCUCUUUGUUGUCUAUUUCCAUUGAAACCAUUCCGUACGAAAUUCAUACUGCUAUUAUUGUUAUAAUUUCUGUAUGAGUUGUGUUUAUUGUGUGAUCGUUGACCUCCGUUCACUCGGUGAAAUUGAUUGCGUCCCAUUUGUAGGUUGUUAGUAUAUUGAGGCCUAUUAUUGCCUCUGUUUGGGUUAUUUGACCGAUUGGUGUAUUGAAAGUUUCGGUUUGUUUGUCUACUCAUGUUGGCAACUAAGACCUGGGCGUUAUUUUCAGGGUUUUCGUUGACUUUGAUAAUAGCUUGCUUGAUGUCUGUAAAAUUUCCAGCUUUUAAAAUUAAUUUAAUUUCAUUGGAUUGAAUCCCAUUUAUAAGGGAUUCCAACCCAACUCUUGUUGCCAUAUUAUUUGCAACGUCUUCUGGAACCUUUUGUUCCAAAUAAAGGCUUUUUAACUUAAGUGUGAGGUUUUCUACUUCCUCACAGAAAUCAACAGUUGACGCUUUUUUCUUGAUUUGCUUUAGUUUAGCAAUCAAGGACUCUGGUUUCUCAUAGCUUUUGCAUCGUUCUUUAAUAUUUGCGGCGAUGGCUUGGAGACUGUUCAAGUCACUUGGCAAGCCUGAUCUCGCCUUAUUAGUUAGUCUGGUUUUAAUGAAUUUUACGGCUGUACCCAUGUGUUCAGCCUUAGUGGUCUCCUCAAGAAGGUUUAUUGCAUCAAUGAACGCUUCUAAAUUACCUGCUGAGCCAUCGUACAUUGGUACGAUGGCUGUCGCUUGCUUUAUGUCGAACGAAGUGUUCGUGGGUACCGGUUGAGGGGUAGUCAUUUUAAAAUUUUCUAUUUUACUCUCUAAAAUGCUUCUAAUAGAAAAAAAUGAGUUUCUUGCUGCUUUUGCUAUGAAACUCAACUCUGUACUUGACAAGUCGUCUUCGUGCAGUAUUAAUUUUGCUUGUAUAUCUUUAUAUAUUUCCUUCGCAUACUCCAACUUUGUUUGUAAUGUAGCUAGCUUAAAAGGUUUAUAAAUAGACUUUUUUAAAUUUCCAUCUAGCUGCAAUAAAAUGUUUAAAUCCUCAUUUAUGUCAUCAUACUUUGUCAUUACUUGACAAAAAAAAUAUUGAAAACUAGUAUAGAGGUAUGAUAUUUAUUUUAUUUGACUUGUGAUAAAAAUUGUGAUUUACAAUUUUGAAUUGUCUUCUAGGGGUAACCAUGUAAUGGGAUCAUCCCCCGGAAGUUCUCUAAUUCUCUUCAACAGUUCUUCCCACGUCAAGGGGUAACCUACUUCUAGAGGAGCGAAAGCUCCAGAUCCAUGUCCUCUUCCUAUUUCAUUUAGAAAUUCCAUAAAUUCAUUAAGUUCAUUGUCAUCCAUUCUAUUAUUUCUGGACAUCGUACAAAAAAAUCAGCAAUGUAAAAAAAAAUAUGUAUAUUUAAAUUUCUAAAUUAUUCUAGGACUUCUUCUUUAUUUUUUUUCAAUUCGACGGUUGCUAGAACUCGUCGAUCAUAUCCCAAAUUUCCUGUGAAAUUGGGUCUUCCAUUGCAAUUUACAAAUUUUUUGUUUAAAAAUUAUUCUUCCCCUACUUUCUUUUACAAUACCUGAUUUUCUUCGGAGUUUAAUCCCUUUUACUCCAUAGCGCUGCUUCCACGUUCCAUGUUGAUGACCAUUGGACCGGUUCGUUCGCUGGCUGCUGUAUCCUGGAUCGUUUAGUCCCCUCCGGAUCUAUUAUCUCCAUUUACGAGUUCACUUUCACAUGCUUUCAUAAAGUUCUUCAGUAGUAGUAGCCAAUAGGAUCUAUUAUCUCCAUUUACGAGUUCACUUUCACAUACUUUCAUAACGUUCUUCAGUAGUAGCCAAUAUGAUCAAUUAUUUCCAUUUACGAGUUCACUUUCACAUGCUUUCAUAAAGUUCUUCAGUAGUAGCCAAUAGGAUCAAAUAUCUCCUUUAAUGUACCCGAUGAGUACUCAAAAUGUCCUGUUAUUGAGGGCAAGCAAACUAGAGCUGUAUCAUGCUCAAUAUUACUUUUAAAUCUGUGGAAAAUAUUUCCUGAGGUAAUUGUAUUACAUAUUUCAGACAAGUCAUCAAGAUCUGCCGGAAGCUCCUUAAUUAAUUUCCUUUUCUCCUCCAUCAAGUACUCACAGAGUUUUAUUAAGUUAGACGCCCCCAGUUGCACAAGCCAAGAUCUCAUUUUUCCCAGUUUUAGCAGAGCUUUUGAGAAGCUUGACUUCUCCUGUAUAGAUAUUGUUGACCUCUUCAUUUUCUCCUUGGUAGUAGAUCCUAUAAAUGGUCUCAUAGGGCCAAAUCUCUUGAAACAGUUCUUCGGAUCAUCGAAGAUGGCUCCGGACACACGGACAAAUAUCCCCCUACCUUUUUCUUCUUUCCUAAUUUCCCCCACUUUUUUGUUCACCCCUGCAACACCCAAUUUUGUUAUUAUCUCAGUAAUACUCUUAUUACUGCAGUGAUAAAGAGUUAAGAAGAUGAAAUCGUGUAUCACUCUAAAUAAGAAACCAUUUGUCCCUUUGCUUCGGAUACUUAGAUGUACCCUGAUAUCAUCAGUGUUGAAGUGUACACGUUCAAUAAUCUCUAUAAGUUCAUCAUAAAAUUUUGGGCAGAGUAUAGAACAUCCAACACGAACCCCAAAAACCGAGAAUUUAUCACUCAAAAUCAUAGCUCUAUUAGGGGAUAAAUUGCAUAGCAUAUUGCUAAUCUGCAUAGCAACAGAAACAUAACUCUCUAGUCCUUUAAGUGUCAUCUUCAUGUCCCUCUUUAUGAAUUGUGCUCCAUGAGUUUGGAUCUUCUCUAACAUACUAUUUGUGAGACACAGGGCCUUGGGGGUCACCACUAAAUAUAUUUCUGGACCUGUUGGAUUACUCGAGAUAGGUUUGUAUAAGUCCCAGUGAAUACCUGGAACAUUAGAUAAGAUGGAGUUUACUUGUAGCCUUAAAUCUAUUAUCUGAAACAUCUUGAGAAUAAUUAUUGGACAAAAUUCUUUCAAUAUCCAUAGGACUGUGGUUUUUAGAAACUCUAGGUUAUUGGUCUCACUCUUUGACUCUGCAUCAAUAGUAACAAGUUCAGGCAAAUGCUUUCUCAUCAUCUUGGUCAUCUUACUCAGGAAAAUAGGAUGAGUAAUAUCAGUAUGUCCUGUGAUUAAAGGGUUGGGAGAAAUUAGUCUACUAAUAUCCAACAGGGUACUAGUUGCGGCAGGGACACUGAAAUCACCCGGUUUAUCUCUGUUACAGAUCUCAGGUUUCAUCCAUGUGUUGUACACCCCUUUCAUUUUGGGAAAUAUGUUAAGCAGAGUGGUAAUUGUUCCUCCAGAACCCUCUGCCAGACAAUAGACAACCCCGUGUGACUGUUGGAGCAUAUUCGCUGCACCAAUUAUUAGGAGGAUUUCGAGAAAUUUGUUUACUGCUGAUGAGAUCACCCCCAAAGGUCUCGCUAUAAAAGAGGCACAAGGUAUCGCAAUGUAACCUUCACCCUCAUUAGAUCUAGUGAUGUUGUAUUCCAAGAUUUCCGCAUAGGGAAUAAUUAAUCCUUGUACACUCCCUGUCAUAGAUAUUUUAGGUCGAUAUGGAUUGAGUAUAACUGAUCCUCUAGCACUACCUCUCCAUACAGCAAUGGCGUCCUCGGUUUCUAGCUUGGUGUAUUUAUCAGUCAUAUUUAAAGAAAUAAGAGAUAAUCGUAUGUUUCCUUGAGAGAUAUUAGACCUGGCACUUUUAUAUGUUCCUUCAGGGAUUUUCCUCUCUCUCACAAGUAGUUUUGAGAAGAAUUUUAAGCAUCUCAGAACUUGUUGUUUGCUUGUGUUAGAAAAUCUCCAUAUGUGAUAAUUGGUGAAUUUCUUUAUGUUCGAUUUGACAAAUGUAUUCAUCGCUCGGGAAAUGUAGGAUGACACCCCGUAAGCGCAAACAGUCAUACUAUGUUCUGGCCCUGAAACAUUAAAGAGUUCAAUAAGAUUAGGAACUAAAUCAGCUUCAAUUAGUAAUUCUGAUACAUAUAUGAAAGAUUUGUCAUCAAAAAAGGCAUCAAUCAUUCCUGGGCUUAUAAAGACCAAAUUACUGCAGUGACGUGAGUUUGCAAUCAUAGUUAUUAUUAUCCGUUCAAGGUCCAACUGCCUCAUAUCAUUUAUUGAUACUUGGCUCUUCUUAUGCAUUUCACGGCCCUUUUCGCCAGACGUGUGCUCAAUCCGAAAGUUGUCAUCAACGUUGGUUGCAAGAAUACAUCCUAUACUAUAUGACAUCAUAUCUCUAAUAUCUUCCUGAUUUUCAGGAGCAACUAGAUUGGACGCUUUAAUAUGGUAUGGGAUUGCGGUCAUCCAUUGAUAGCCCGGUUCGCUUAUUAGGUCGAUGUCCUUGUUCUCAAAUUCCUGUGUACACUUGCAGUUGUUGAAGGUUAUCAUAUAGCAUGGAUGAAUGAUAUUAAAAAGUUGACAAACUUGUGCAAAACACAUUGUCAUAUAAACAUAUAAGAGCUGGUAGAAGAUUGAGAAAUCUUUCCCACCUGCUGUCAUCUGUAAUAGCUUUCUUUACCACAUCAUCAAUAUUGAAUUGCUUACUUUCCCUGGGAGUGUUAUCUACAUUCCCCGAUUGCUGUAGUAAGUGCAUUAGAUGGUUGUUCCAUACCCUUUCCACGUCAAAUGCGAACUCUGCAUCUUGCAUCCCUAUCUUUUUCCCCAUAUCCCUCCCAGCUGAUUCAAUAUAAACACUUGCAAUAGCAUCCCAUCUACUUAUCCUAAAUGUUGGGAAGUCCAAUCUGCUUCUCUUUAUCUUCUCAAUUAUAGUUAUUGCAGUAUGGCUUAACCCUGCAGAGGGAUUUAGGAAGAUCCCGGUACUCAAAUUGUAAAGGUUAGCUGUUAUAUUGUGUACCUGGGGGAUAAGAUUUUGGAUGGCCGCGACAGUAUUGGAUAGUGUUAUAUCUAGUGGAGUAGUCUCAUCUGCAUUUGUUGUUGGUUUUGAGGGAGUGGAGAUUGGUUCUACUGGCUGAUUUAGGAGUGAUGGGUUUUGUGACACUGAUGGAGCACUUGCCUUUACAUCCUUGCCUGUGCUCUUCUCCAAAUUCUGCACCUCGUCAAUGUAACUCUCAUAUAGGUCAGCAAGACUUUCCAUUUGCUUGGCUGCUACACUUUUCUUGAAAGAUUUAAGGUAUGAAAAAUGAGUUAAUAAAAUGACGAACAGAGUCGGAGAAACGAAGACUCGGAGAACAACUCUUGUUUGAAAACCGAUAUGUCCUGUCACGGUCGCCAUUUAGUGGGCUUCCUGGCUUUCGGACAUAUCGGUUUUCAAACAAGAGUUGUUCUCCGAGUCUUCGUUUCUCCGACUCUGUUCGUCAUUUUAUUAACUCAUUUUUCAUACCUUAAAUCUAGUACUACAAUAAAAAGAAGAAAGUGGGAGUUGUCUUAGAAGCUUUAGUUAUUUACUGCCCAUCCAAUCAGAAAUGAAUGGUAAGCAAAACAUAGUUAUACAAUCAAACGCGCGAAUGGUACGCCAGUUGCGAAACCAUAAAUAAAUGAAAACAUGCUUGCAAAAUGCGCUGAGCGUUCUAUGAAGUUUGCUGCGCACGCGGAAAUGAGUUGACCUAGUAACGCUUGUAAACACAAGUGUUCUGGUUGAAGUUUCAAUAUUUGGGCGACACAGUAAACAUGUAUGUUACUGUCGCUUCGUUAUUUUUAUUAUGCCAUUUGCGGAAGUAUACAAAUGAGUAAGCUAACGGGUUUUGAAAUAUGUGACGUUGAAAAAUGGUGGCCAUCAUUAACUAGGAUGAUGGCUGAUAGAUCGAGCCUCAUCCUAGUUAAUUUUGAUGUGGGAUCUUUCAUUCCAAAAAGAAAGACUAGAGGUCUGUGGUCUGUUCUUACUAAAAAUUUUCUACCAUAAAGAUACGCUUUGAAGUGAUUAACUGCCCAAUGAAUGGCAGUUAGUUCUUUUAAAAUAACGGCUUUAUUUUUUUCGCCUUUUAUAAAAGUUUUACUAGCAAAUGCUAUUGGAAGAUCAUUGCCAUUUAUAUUUUGAGAUAACACUGCUCCACAUCCAACAUCGGAUGCAUCAGUAGUGAGAAUAAAAUUUUUUGAAAAAUCUGGAAAUUGUAAUGUUGUCGGUGACAUCAGAUACUGUUUAAGCGUUUCAAAAGCUUGUUGGCACUGCAAUGACCAAAUGAAUUGAACGUUUUUCUUUAGUAAUUGGUUUAAUGGGUGUGCUAUUAUUGCAAAAUUUGGCACAAACUUGCGAUAGUAGUUGCAAAAAGCAACAAAUCGUCUUACAUCAUCGUUAUUUUUAGGUACCGGAUAAUUCAGUACAGAUUCAUAUUUCGAGUCGUCAGGCAGAAUACCAUUGUCGGUUAUUUUGUGACCUAAAUACGUUACUUCGGUGCUAAAGAAUUUACACUUUUUCGCGUUUAAUUUCAAAUUGUACUUUCUUAAUCUGUCAAAAACUGUUGCUAAAUUUGUCAAGUGGUGUCGGAUCGAACAUCCUACCACGAUAAUAUCAUCUAUAUAGACGAAAGCCAUUUCAGGUGUUAAACCUGCCAUUGCGAUCGUCAUCAUUCUUUGAAAGCUAUUUGGACUAAUGUUUAAUCCAAACGGUAAUCUAGUAAAUUGAUAGUUUCCUGAUUGUGUAGAAAAGGAAGUGUAUUUUCUCGAAUCUUCAUCUCAAUGUAUUUGAUGAAAACCUGACAUUAAGUCAAGUGUUGUAAAAAAUUUUGCUCGACCAAGUUGAUCAAGAAUAGUAUCAAUUCUCGGCAGUGGAAACUUAUCUGCUAGUAUUUUCUUAUUUAGUUGUCGAAAAUCAACAACUAGACGCCAUUUCUUUGUACUGUUUUCUGCCUUUUUAGGAACUAACAAAAUAGGAUUAUUGUAUGGCGAUACUGAUGGUUCUAUUAUGUUUUCUUUCAGCAUCUUACAUACUUGGUUAUUAAUUUCUUCACUUUGUGAAUGUAUAGUUUUAUAAUUAGGUAUAUAUACAGGGACAUUAUCGCUUAAAUUAAUAUUUUGGCUAUAAAAAUUAUUCUUUGAUAAUGUUUCAUUUGGUAAACAGAACACAUCUGCAUAGUUUUUUAUUAGUUUAAAAAAUUGAUUUUUCGCGAAUUGUGGGAUAUUUUCCAUAUCAAUCUCAUUAAUUAUUUCAUUGAUCCGCACUUUAUUGCUAGGAUUAUUUAUUUUCAUAUUAAAUGAAUAGUAAAUUCGUAAUGGUUCCAUAAUUGGGCUAAACUUAUCUAUAUAUACAGAUUUAUCUGUAGUAUUUACAAAUUUUAUACAAGGAUUAUUGGGAGAAAUUAUGGUGUUUCCACAGAAUAUUCCAGGUUGGAUUUCUUUGGAGAAAACUACCAUAUCUUCCGUUAUAUUUAAUGAUGAAAUGUUUUCUAAUCACUAGGUAAAAUAAAUCCAUUAUUUAUACUAUCCUCUAUUGGAACUUCGAUCUGAUGGUUAUCGAAAUAAAAUUUCAAUAGCCAUUGAUCGUAGUCUAUUAUGCAUCUAUAUUUACAAAAGAAAUCACGGCCUAAUAUGCCGUCCGUCGGUAUUGGGAAAUUAUUGUCUACAAUCUGAAGGUUGUGCCUAAGUGUAAGGCCAUUAUCAAAUUGCAAUAUUGUCUCUGUUUCCGCGAUGGUUUCGGUUGUACCAUCGGUAACACCUGUUAUUUGAAAUCGCUUCAGUGGGUCAAUUUUCUGCAACGUUGAAAUUUUUCCCCGUUUGAAAACAGAUAUGUCCGAACCAGAAUCAAUUAUGAAUGAACAUUUGGCGCCAGUCAUAUGUACGAGUAUCGUAAUAAAGUUUGUUGCACCCAGAUUCAUUGCAUACGUUGUUCUGAUUACGGGCGUUGUCCUAAAAAAUUAUAUUGAGGUAGUACCUGCUGACCUUCAGUUUGGUUUAACUGAUUCAGCAUGUUUUGUGUUUGUCCAAACGGUGCAUGUGUAAAACUGACACCGUUUUCGAUGUUUGGUAUAUUAACUUGUGGGACAGCGAGUAACUGAGUCGCUGCCCCCGUGUAUAUUCUUUGUUGUUGUUGAAAGUUUCGAUUUGCGUUAGCGUCUCCUCUUUGUUGUCUAUUUCCAUUGAAACCAUUCCGUACGAAAUUCAUACUGCUAUUAUUGUUAUAAUUUCUGUAUGAGUUGUGUUUAUUGUGUGAUCGUUGACCUCCGUUCACUCGGUGAAAUUGAUUGCGUCCCAUUUGUAGGUUGUUAGUAUAUUGAGGCCUAUUAUUGCCUCUGUUUGGGUUAUUUGACCGAUUGGUGUAUUGAAAGUUUCGGUUUGUUUGUCUACUCAUGUUGGCAACUAAGACCUGGGCGUUAUUUUCAGGGUUUUCGUUGACUUUGAUAAUAGCUUGCUUGAUGUCUGUAAAAUUUCCAGCUUUUAAAAUUAAUUUAAUUUCAUUGGAUUGAAUCCCAUUUAUAAGGGAUUCCAACCCAACUCUUGUUGCCAUAUUAUUUGCAACGUCUUCUGGAACCUUUUGUUCCAAAUAAAGGCUUUUUAACUUAAGUGUGAGGUUUUCCACUUCCUCACAGAAAUCAACAGUUGACGCUUUUUUCUUGAUUUGCUUUAGUUUAGCAAUCAAGGACUCUGGUUUCUCAUAGCUUUUGCAUCGUUCUUUAAUAUUUGCGGCGAUGGCUUGGAGACUGUUCAAGUCACUUGGCAAGCCUGAUCUCGCCUUAUUAGUUAGACUGGUUUUAAUGAAUUUUACGGCUGUACCCAUGUGUUCAGCCUUAGUGGUCUCCUCAAGAAGGUUUAUUGCAUCAAUGAACGCUUCUAAAUUACCUGCUGAGCCAUCGUACAUUGGUACGAUGGCUGUCGCUUGCUUUAUGUCGAACGAAGUGUUCGUGGGUACCGGUUGAGGGGUAGUCAUUUUAAAAUUUUCUAUUUUACUCUCUAAAAUGCUUCUAAUAGAAAAAAAUGAGUUUCUUGCUGCUUUUGCUAUGAAACUCAACUCUGUACUUGACAAGUCGUCUUCGUGCAGUAUUAAUUUUGCUUGUAUAUCUUUAUAUAUUUCCUUCGCAUACUCCAACUUUGUUUGUAAUGUAGCUAGCUUAAAAGGUUUAUAAAUAGACUUUUUUAAAUUUCCAUCUAGCUGCAAUAAAAUUUUUAAAUCCUCAUUUAUGUCAUCAUACUUUGUCAUUACUUGACAAAAAAAAUAUUGAAAACUAGUAUAGAGGUAUGAUAUUUAUUUUAUUUGACUUGUGAUAAAAAUUGUGAUUUACAAUUUUGAAUUGUCUUCUAGGGGUAACCAUGUAAUGGGAUCAUCCCCCGGAAGUUCUCUAAUUCUCUUCAACAGUUCUUCCCACGUCAAGGGGUAACCUACUUCUAGAGGAGCGAAAGCUCCAGAUCCAUGUCCUCUUCCUAUUUCAUUUAGAAAUUCCAUAAAUUCAUUAAGUUCAUUGUCAUCCAUUCUAUUAUUUCCGGACAUCGUACAAAAAAAUCAGCAAUGUAAAAAAAAAUAUGUAUAUUUAAAUUUCUAAAUUAUUCUAGGACUUCUUCUUUAUUUUUUUUUCAAUUCGACGGUUGCUAGAACUCGUCGAUCAUAUCCCAAAUUUCCUGUGAAAUUGGGUCUUCCAUUGCAAUUUACAAAUUUUUUGUUUAAAAAUUAUUCUUCCCCUACUUUCUUUUACAAUACCUGAUUUUCUUCGGAGUUUAAUCCCUUUUACUCCAUAGCGCUGCUUCCACGUUCCAUGUUGAUGACCAUUGGACCGGUUCGUUCGCUGGCUGCUGUAUCCUGGAUCGUUUAGUCCCCUCCGGAUCUAUUAUCUCCAUUUACGAGUUCACUUUCACAUACUUUCAUAACGUUCUUCAGUAGUAGCCAAUAUGAUCAAUUAUUUCCAUUUACGAGUUCACUUUCACAUGCUUUCAUAAAGUUCUUCAGUAGUAGCCAAUAGGAUCAAAUAUCUCCUUUAAUGUACCCGAUGAGUACUCAAAAUGUCCUGUUAUUGAGGGCAAGCAAUUUACUAGAGCUGUAUCAUGCUCAAUAUUACUUUUAAAUCUGUGGAAAAUAUUUCCUGAGGUAAUUGUAUUACAUAUUUCAGACAAGUCAUCAAGAUCUGCCGGAAGCUCCUUAAUUAAUUUCCUUUUCUCCUCCAUCAAGUACUCACAGAGUUUUAUUAAGUUAGACGCCCCCAGUUGCACAAGCCAAGAUCUCAUUUUUCCCAGUUUUAGCAGAGCUUUUGAGAAGCUUGACUUCUCCUGUAUAGAUAUUGUUGACCUCUUCAUUUUCUCCUUGGUAGUAGAUCCUAUAAAUGGUCUCAUAGGGCCAAAUCUCUUGAAACAGUUCUUCGGAUCAUCGAAGAUGGCUCCGGACACACGGACAAAUAUCCCCCUACCUUUUUCUUCUUUCCUAAUUUCCCCCACUUUUUUGUUCACCCCUGCAACACCCAAUUUUGUUAUUAUCUCAGUAAUACUCUUAUUACUGCAGUGAUAAAGAGUUAAGAAGAUGAAAUCGUGUAUCACUCUAAAUAAGAAACCAUUUGUCCCUUUGCUUCGGAUACUUAGAUGUACCCUGAUAUCAUCAAGUGUACACGUUCAAUAAUCUCUAUAAGUUCAUCAUAAAAUUUUGGGCAGAGUAUAGAACAUCCAACACGAACCCCAAAAACCGAGAAUUUAUCACUCAAAAUCAUAGCUCUAUUAGGGGAUAAAUUGCAUAGCAUAUUGCUAAUCUGCAUAGCAACAGAAACAUAACUCUCUAGUCCUUUAAGUGUCAUCUUCAUGUCCCUCUUUAUGAAUUGUGCUCCAUGAGUUUGGAUCUUCUCUAACAUACUAUUUGUGAGACACAGGGCCUUGGGGGUCACCACUAAAUAUAUUUCUGGACCUGUUGGAUUACUCGAGAUAGGUUUGUAUAAGUCCCAGUGAAUACCUGGAACAUUAGAUAAGAUGGAGUUUACUUGUAGCCUUAAAUCUAUUAUCUGAAACAUCUUGAGAAUAAUUAUUGGACAAAAUUCUUUCAAUAUCCAUAGGACUGUGGUUUUUAGAAACUCUAGGUUAUUGGUCUCACUCUUUGACUCUGCAUCAAUAGUAACAAGUUCAGGCAAAUGCUUUCUCAUCAUCUUGGUCAUCUUACUCAGGAAAAUAGGAUGAGUAAUAUCAGUAUGUCCUGUGAUUAAAGGGUUGGGAGAAAUUAGUCUACUAAUAUCCAACAGGGUACUAGUUGCGGCAGGGACACUGAAAUCACCCGGUUUAUCUCUGUUACAGAUCUCAGGUUUCAUCCAUGUGUUGUACACCCCUUUCAUUUUGGGAAAUAUGUUAAGCAGAGUGGUAAUUGUUCCUCCAGAACCCUCUGCCAGACAAUAGACAACCCCGUGUGACUGUUGGAGCAUAUUCGCUGCACCAAUUAUUAGGAGGAUUUCGAGAAAUUUGUUUACUGCUGAUGAGAUCACCCCCAAAGGUCUCGCUAUAAAAGAGGCACAAGGUAUCGCAAUGUAACCUUCACCCUCAUUAGAUCUAGUGAUGUUGUAUUCCAAGAUUUCCGCAUAGGGAAUAAUUAAUCCUUGUACACUCCCUGUCAUAGAUAUUUUAGGUCGAUAUGGAUUGAGUAUAACUGAUCCUCUAGCACUACCUCUCCAUACAGCAAUGGCGUCCUCGGUUUCUAGCUUGGUGUAUUUAUCAGUCAUAUUUAAAGAAAUAAGAGAUAAUCGUAUGUUUCCUUGAGAGAUAUUAGACCUGGCACUUUUAUAUGUUCCUUCAGGGAUUUUCCUCUCUCUCACAAGUAGUUUUGAGAAGAAUUUUAAGCAUCUCAGAACUUGUUGUUUGCUUGUGUUAGAAAAUCUCCAUAUGUGAUAAUUGGUGAAUUUCUUUAUGUUCGAUUUGACAAAUGUAUUCAUCGCUCGGGAAAUGUAGGAUGACACCCCGUAAGCGCAAACAGUCAUACUAUGUUCUGGCCCUGAAACAUUAAAGAGUUCAAUAAGAUUAGGAACUAAAUCAGCUUCAAUUAGUAAUUCUGAUACAUAUAUGAAAGAUUUGUCAUCAAAAAAGGCAUCAAUCAUUCCUGGGCUUAUAAAGACCAAAUUACUGCAGUGACGUGAGUUUGCAAUCAUAGUUAUUAUUAUCCGUUCAAGGUCCAACUGCCUCAUAUCAUUUAUUGAUACUUGGCUCUUCUUAUGCAUUUCACGGCCCUUUUCGCCAGACGUGUGCUCAAUCCGAAAGUUGUCAUCAACGUUGGUUGCAAGAAUACAUCCUAUACUAUAUGACAUCAUAUCUCUAAUAUCUUCCUGAUUUUCAGGAGCAACUAGAUUGGACGCUUUAAUAUGGUAUGGGAUUGCGGUCAUCCAUUGAUAGCCCGGUUCGCUUAUUAGGUCGAUGUCCUUGUUCUCAAAUUCCUGUGUACACUUGCAGUUGUUGAAGGUUAUCAUAUAGCAUGGAUGAAUGAUAUUAAAAAGUUGACAAACUUGUGCAAAACACAUUGUCAUAUAAACAUAUAAGAGCUGGUAGAAGAUUGAGAAAUCUUUCCCACCUGCUGUCAUCUGUAAUAGCUUUCUUUACCACAUCAUCAAUAUUGAAUUGCUUACUUUCCCUGGGAGUGUUAUCUACAUUCCCCGAUUGCUGUAGUAAGUGCAUUAGAUGGUUGUUCCAUACCCUUUCCACGUCAAAUGCGAACUCUGCAUCUUGCAUCCCUAUCUUUUUCCCCAUAUCCCUCCCAGCUGAUUCAAUAUAAACACUUGCAAUAGCAUCCCAUCUACUUAUCCUAAAUGUUGGGAAGUCCAAUCUGCUUCUCUUUAUCUUCUCAAUUAUAGUUAUUGCAGUAUGGCUUAACCCUGCAGAGGGAUUUAGGAAGAUCCCGGUACUCAAAUUGUAAAGGUUAGCUGUUAUAUUGUGUACCUGGGGGAUAAGAUUUUGGAUGGCCGCGACAGUAUUGGAUAGUGUUAUAUCUAGUGGAGUAGUCUCAUCUGCAUUUGUUGUUGGUUUUGAGGGAGUGGAGAUUGGUUCUACUGGCUGAUUUAGGAGUGAUGGGUUUUGUGACACUGAUGGAGCACUUGCCUUUACAUCCUUGCCUGUGCUCUUCUCCAAAUUCUGCACCUCGUCAAUGUAACUCUCAUAUAGGUCAGCAAGACUUUCCAUUUGCUUGGCUGCUACACUUUUCUUGAAAGAUUUAAGGUAUGAAAAAUGAGUUAAUAAAAUGACGAACAGAGUCGGAGAAACGAAGACUCGGAGAACAACUCUUGUUUGAAAACCGAUAUGUCCUGUCACGGUCGCCAUUUAGUGGGCUUCCUGGCUUUCGGACAUAUCGGUUUUCAAACAAGAGUUGUUCUCCGAGUCUUCGUUUCUCCGACUCUGUUCGUCAUUUUAUUAACUCAUUUUUCAUACCUUAAAUCUAGUACUACAAUAAAAAUAUAUGGCAGAAGAAAGUGGGAGUUGUCUUAGAAGCUUUAGUUAUUUACUGCCCAUCCAAUCAGAAAUGAAUGGUAAGCAAAACAUAGUUAUACAAUCAAACGCGCGAAUGGUACGCCAGUUGCGAAACCAUAAAUAAAUGAAAACAUGCUUGCAAAAUGCGCUGAGCGUUCUAUGAAGUUUGCUGCGCACGCGGAAAUGAGUUGACCUAGUAACGCUUGUAAACACAAGUGUUCUGGUUGAAGUUUCAAUAUUUGGGCGACACAGUAAACAUGUAUGUUACUGUCGCUUCGUUAUUUUUAUUAUGCCAUUUGCGGAAGUAUACAAAUGAGUAAGCUAACGGGUUUUGAAAUAUGUGACGUUGAAAAAUGGUGGCCAUCAUUAACUAGGAUGAUGGCUGAUAGAUCAAGCCUCAUCCUAGUUAAUUUUGAUGUGGGAUCUUUCAUUCCAAAAAGAAAGACUAGAGGUCUGUGGUCUGUUCUUACUAAAAAUUUUCUACCAUAAAGAUACGCUUUGAAGUGAUUAACUGCCCAAUGAAUGGCAGUUAGUUCUUUUAAAAUAACGGCUUUAUUUUUUUCGCCUUUUAUAAAAGUUUUACUAGCAAAUGCUAUUGGAAGAUCAUUGCCAUUUAUAUUUUGAGAUAACACUGCUCCACAUCCAACAUCGGAUGCAUCAGUAGUGAGAAUAAAAUUUUUUGAAAAAUCUGGAAAUUGUAAUGUUGUCGGUGACAUCAGAUACUGUUUAAGCGUUUCAAAAGCUUGUUGGCACUGCAAUGACCAAAUGAAUUGAACGUUUUUCUUUAGUAAUUGGUUUAAUGGGUGUGCUAUUAUUGCAAAAUUUGGCACAAACUUGCGAUAGUAGUUGCAAAAAGCAACAAAUCGUCUUACAUCAUCGUUAUUUUUAGGUACCGGAUAAUUCAGUACAGAUUCAUAUUUCGAGUCGUCAGGCAGAAUACCAUUGUCGGUUAUUUUGUGACCUAAAUACGUUACUUCGGUGCUAAAGAAUUUACACUUUUUCGCGUUUAAUUUCAAAUUGUACUUUCUUAAUCUGUCAAAAACUGUUGCUAAAUUUGUCAAGUGGUGUCGGAUCGAACAUCCUACCACGAUAAUAUCAUCUAUAUAGACGAAAGCCAUUUCAGGUGUUAAACCUGCCAUUGCGAUCGUCAUCAUUCUUUGAAAGCUAUUUGGACUAAUGUUUAAUCCAAACGGUAAUCUAGUAAAUUGAUAGUUUCCUGAUUGUGUAGAAAAGGAAGUGUAUUUUCUCGAAUCUUCAUCUCAAUGUAUUUGAUGAAAACCUGACAUUAAGUCAAGUGUUGUAAAAAAUUUUGCUCGACCAAGUUGAUCAAGAAUAGUAUCAAUUCUCGGCAGUGGAAACUUAUCUGCUAGUAUUUUCUUAUUUAGUUGUCGAAAAUCAACAACUAGACGCCAUUUCUUUGUACUGUUUUCUGCCUUUUUAGGAACUAACAAAAUAGGAUUAUUGUAUGGCGAUACUGAUGGUUCUAUUAUGUUUUCUUUCAGCAUCUUACAUACUUGGUUAUUAAUUUCUUCACUUUGUGAAUGUAUAGUUUUAUAAUUAGGUAUAUAUACAGGGACAUUAUCGCUUAAAUUAAUAUUUUGGCUAUAAAAAUUAUUCUUUGAUAAUGUUUCAUUUGGUAAACAGAACACAUCUGCAUAGUUUUUUAUUAGUUUAAAAAAUUGAUUUUUCGCGAAUUGUGGGAUAUUUUCCAUAUCAAUCUCAUUAAUUAUUUCAUUGAUCCGCACUUUAUUGCUAGGAUUAUUUAUUUUCAUAUUAAAUGAAUAGUAAAUUCGUAAUGGUUCCAUAAUUGGGCUAAACUUAUCUAUAUAUACAGAUUUAUCUGUAGUAUUUACAAAUUUUAUACAAGGAUUAUUGGGAGAAAUUAUGGUGUUUCCACAGAAUAUUCCAGGUUGGAUUUCUUUGGAGAAAACUACCAUAUCUUCCGUUAUAUUUAAUGAUGAAAUGUUUCUAAUCACUUCACUCCGGCUAGGUAAAAUAAAUCCAUUAUUUAUACUAUCCUCUAUUGGAACUUCGAUCUGAUGGUUAUCGAAAUAAAAUUUCAAUAGCCAUUGAUCGUAGUCUAUUAUGCAUCUAUAUUUACAAAAGAAAUCACGGCCUAAUAUGCCGUCCGUCGGUAUUGGGAAAUUAUUGUCUACAAUCUGAAGGUUGUGCCUAAGUGUAAGGCCAUUAUCAAAUUGCAAUAUUGUCUCUGUUUCCGCGAUGGUUUCGGUUGUACCAUCGGUAACACCUGUUAUUUGAAAUCGCUUCAGUGGGUCAAUUUUCUGCAACGUUGAAAUUUUUCCCCGUUUGAAAACAGAUAUGUCCGAACCAGAAUCAAUUAUGAAUGAACAUUUGGCGCCAGUCAUAUGUACGAGUAUCGUAAUAAAGUUUGUUGCACCCAGAUUCAUUGCAUACGUUGUUCUGAUUACGGGCGUUGUCCUAAAAAAUUAUAUUGAGGUAGUACCUGCUGACCUUCAGUUUGGUUUAACUGAUUCAGCAUGUUUUGUGUUUGUCCAAACGGUGCAUGUGUAAAACUGACACCGUUUUCGAUGUUUGGUAUAUUAACUUGUGGGACAGCGAGUAACUGAGUCGCUGCCCCCGUGUAUAUUCUUUGUUGUUGUUGAAAGUUUCGAUUUGCGUUAGCGUCUCCUCUUUGUUGUCUAUUUCCAUUGAAACCAUUCCGUACGAAAUUCAUACUGCUAUUAUUGUUAUAAUUUCUGUAUGAGUUGUGUUUAUUGUGUGAUCGUUGACCUCCGUUCACUCGGUGAAAUUGAUUGCGUCCCAUUUGUAGGUUGUUAGUAUAUUGAGGCCUAUUAUUGCCUCUGUUUGGGUUAUUUGACCGAUUGGUGUAUUGAAAGUUUCGGUUUGUUUGUCUACUCAUGUUGGCAACUAAGACCUGGGCGUUAUUUUCAGGGUUUUCGUUGACUUUGAUAAUAGCUUGCUUGAUGUCUGUAAAAUUUCCAGCUUUUAAAAUUAAUUUAAUUUCAUUGGAUUGAAUCCCAUUUAUAAGGGAUUCCAACCCAACUCUUGUUGCCAUAUUAUUUGCAACGUCUUCUGGAACCUUUUGUUCCAAAUAAAGGCUUUUUAACUUAAGUGUGAGGUUUUCUACUUCCUCACAGAAAUCAACAGUUGACGUUUUUUCUUGAUUUGCUUUAGUUUAGCAAUCAAGGACUCUGGUUUCUCAUAGCUUUUGCAUCGUUCUUUAAUAUUUGCGGCGAUGGCUUGGAGACUGUUCAAGUCACUUGGCAAGCCUGAUCUCGCCUUAUUAGUUAGUCUGGUUUUAAUGAAUUUUACGGCUGUACCCAUGUGUUCAGCCUUAGUGGUCUCCUCAAGAAGGUUUAUUGCAUCAAUGAACGCUUCUAAAUUACCUGCUGAGCCAUCGUACAUUGGUACGAUGGCUGUCGCUUGCUUUAUGUCGAAAGAAGUGUUCGUGGGUACCGGUUGAGGGGUAGUCAUUUUAAAAUUUUCUAUUUUACUCUCUAAAAUGCUUCUAAUAGAAAAAAAUGAGUUUCUUGCUGCUUUUGCUAUGAAACUCAACUCUGUACUUGACAAGUCGUCUUCGUGCAGUAUUAAUUUUGCUUGUAUAUCUUUAUAUAUUUCCUUCGCAUACUCCAACUUUGUUUGUAAUGUAGCUAGCUUAAAAGGUUUAUAAAUAGACUUUUUUAAAUUUCCAUCUAGCUGCAAUAAAAUUUUUAAAUCCUCAUUUAUGUCAUCAUACUUUGUCAUUACUUGACAAAAAAAAUAUUGAAAACUAGUAUAGAGGUAUGAUAUUUAUUUUAUUUGACUUGUGAUAAAAAUUGGGAUUUACAAUUUUGAAUUGUCUUCUAGGGGUAACCAUGUAAUGGGAUCAUCCCCCGGAAGUUCUCUAAUUCUCUUCAACAGUUCUUCCCACGUCAAGGGGUAACCUACUUCUAGAGGAGCGAAAGCUCCAGAUCCAUGUCCUCUUCCUAUUUCAUUUAGAAAUUCCAUAAAUUCAUUAAGUUCAUUGUCAUCCAUUCUAUUAUUUCCGGACAUCGUACAAAAAAAUCAGCAAUGUAAAAAAAAAUAUGUAUAUUUAAAUUUCUAAAUUAUUCUAGGACUUCUUCUUUAUUUUUUUUUCAAUUCGACGGUUGCUAGAACUCGUCGAUCAUAUCCCAAAUUUCCUGUGAAAUUGGGUCUUCCAUUGCAAUUUACAAAUUUUUUGUUUAAAAAUUAUUCUUCCCCUACUUUCUUUUACAAUACCUGAUUUUCUUCGGAGUUUAAUCCCUUUUACUCCAUAGCGCUGCUUCCACGUUCCAUGUUGAUGACCAUUGGACCGGUUCGUUCGCUGGCUGCUGUAUCCUGGAUCGUUUAGUCCCCUCCGGAUCUAUUAUCUCCAUUUACGAGUUCACUUUCACAUGCUUUCAUAAAGUUCUUCAGUAGUAGUAGCCAAUAGGAUCUAUUAUCUCCAUUUACGAGUUCACUUUCACAUACUUUCAUAACGUUCUUCAGUAGUAGCCAAUAUGAUCAAUUAUUUCCAUUUACGAGUUCACUUUCACAUGCUUUCAUAAAGUUCUUCAGUAGUAGCCAAUAGGAUCAAAUAUCUCCAUUUACGAGUUCACUUUCACAUGCUUUCAUAACGUUCUUCAGUAGUAGCCAAUAUGAUCAAUUAUUUCCAUUUACGAGUUCACUUUCACAUGCUUUCAUAAAGUUCUUCAGUAGUAGCCAAUAGGAUCAAAUAUCUCCUUUAAUGUACCCGAUGAGUACUCAAAAUGUCCUGUUAUUGAGGGCAAGCAAUUUACUAGAGCUGUAUCAUGCUCAAUAUUACUUUUAAAUCUGUGGAAAAUAUUUCCUGAGGUAAUUGUAUUACAUAUUUCAGACAAGUCAUCAAGAUCUGCCGGAAGCUCCUUAAUUAAUUUCCUUUUCUCCUCCAUCAAGUACUCACAGAGUUUUAUUAAGUUAGACGCCCCCAGUUGCACAAGCCAAGAUCUCAUUUUUCCCAGUUUUAGCAGAGCUUUUGAGAAGCUUGACUUCUCCUGUAUAGAUAUUGUUGACCUCUUCAUUUUCUCCUUGGUAGUAGAUCCUAUAAAUGGUCUCAUAGGGCCAAAUCUCUUGAAACAGUUCUUCGGAUCAUCGAAGAUGGCUCCGGACACACGGACAAAUAUCCCCCUACCUUUUUCUUCUUUCCUAAUUUCCCCCACUUUUUUGUUCACCCCUGCAACACCCAAUUUUGUUAUUAUCUCAGUAAUACUCUUAUUACUGCAGUGAUAAAGAGUUAAGAAGAUGAAAUCGUGUAUCACUCUAAAUAAGAAACCAUUUGUCCCUUUGCUUCGGAUACUUAGAUGUACCCUGAUAUCAUCAAGUGUACACGUUCAAUAAUCUCUAUAAGUUCAUCAUAAAAUUUUGGGCAGAGUAUAGAACAUCCAACACGAACCCCAAAAACCGAGAAUUUAUCACUCAAAAUCAUAGCUCUAUUAGGGGAUAAAUUGCAUAGCAUAUUGCUAAUCUGCAUAGCAACAGAAACAUAACUCUCUAGUCCUUUAAGUGUCAUCUUCAUGUCCCUCUUUAUGAAUUGUGCUCCAUGAGUUUGGAUCUUCUCUAACAUACUAUUUGUGAGACACAGGGCCUUGGGGGUCACCACUAAAUAUAUUUCUGGACCUGUUGGAUUACUCGAGAUAGGUUUGUAUAAGUCCCAGUGAAUACCUGGAACAUUAGAUAAGAUGGAGUUUACUUGUAGCCUUAAAUCUAUUAUCUGAAACAUCUUGAGAAUAAUUAUUGGACAAAAUUCUUUCAAUAUCCAUAGGACUGUGGUUUUUAGAAACUCUAGGUUAUUGGUCUCACUCUUUGACUCUGCAUCAAUAGUAACAAGUUCAGGCAAAUGCUUUCUCAUCAUCUUGGUCAUCUUACUCAGGAAAAUAGGAUGAGUAAUAUCAGUAUGUCCUGUGAUUAAAGGGUUGGGAGAAAUUAGUCUACUAAUAUCCAACAGGGUACUAGUUGCGGCAGGGACACUGAAAUCACCCGGUUUAUCUCUGUUACAGAUCUCAGGUUUCAUCCAUGUGUUGUACACCCCUUUCAUUUUGGGAAAUAUGUUAAGCAGAGUGGUAAUUGUUCCUCCAGAACCCUCUGCCAGACAAUAGACAACCCCGUGUGACUGUUGGAGCAUAUUCGCUGCACCAAUUAUUAGGAGGAUUUCGAGAAAUUUGUUUACUGCUGAUGAGAUCACCCCCAAAGGUCUCGCUAUAAAAGAGGCACAAGGUAUCGCAAUGUAACCUUCACCCUCAUUAGAUCUAGUGAUGUUGUAUUCCAAGAUUUCCGCAUAGGGAAUAAUUAAUCCUUGUACACUCCCUGUCAUAGAUAUUUUAGGUCGAUAUGGAUUGAGUAUAACUGAUCCUCUAGCACUACCUCUCCAUACAGCAAUGGCGUCCUCGGUUUCUAGCUUGGUGUAUUUAUCAGUCAUAUUUAAAGAAAUAAGAGAUAAUCGUAUGUUUCCUUGAGAGAUAUUAGACCUGGCACUUUUAUAUGUUCCUUCAGGGAUUUUCCUCUCUCUCACAAGUAGUUUUGAGAAGAAUUUUAAGCAUCUCAGAACUUGUUGUUUGCUUGUGUUAGAAAAUCUCCAUAUGUGAUAAUUGGUGAAUUUCUUUAUGUUCGAUUUGACAAAUGUAUUCAUCGCUCGGGAAAUGUAGGAUGACACCCCGUAAGCGCAAACAGUCAUACUAUGUUCUGGCCCUGAAACAUUAAAGAGUUCAAUAAGAUUAGGAACUAAAUCAGCUUCAAUUAGUAAUUCUGAUACAUAUAUGAAAGAUUUGUCAUCAAAAAAGGCAUCAAUCAUUCCUGGGCUUAUAAAGACCAAAUUACUGCAGUGACGUGAGUUUGCAAUCAUAGUUAUUAUUAUCCGUUCAAGGUCCAACUGCCUCAUAUCAUUUAUUGAUACUUGGCUCUUCUUAUGCAUUUCACGGCCCUUUUCGCCAGACGUGUGCUCAAUCCGAAAGUUGUCAUCAACGUUGGUUGCAAGAAUACAUCCUAUACUAUAUGACAUCAUAUCUCUAAUAUCUUCCUGAUUUUCAGGAGCAACUAGAUUGGACGCUUUAAUAUGGUAUGGGAUUGCGGUCAUCCAUUGAUAGCCCGGUUCGCUUAUUAGGUCGAUGUCCUUGUUCUCAAAUUCCUGUGUACACUUGCAGUUGUUGAAGGUUAUCAUAUAGCAUGGAUGAAUGAUAUUAAAAAGUUGACAAACUUGUGCAAAACACAUUGUCAUAUAAACAUAUAAGAGCUGGUAGAAGAUUGAGAAAUCUUUCCCACCUGCUGUCAUCUGUAAUAGCUUUCUUUACCACAUCAUCAAUAUUGAAUUGCUUACUUUCCCUGGGAGUGUUAUCUACAUUCCCCGAUUGCUGUAGUAAGUGCAUUAGAUGGUUGUUCCAUACCCUUUCCACGUCAAAUGCGAACUCUGCAUCUUGCAUCCCUAUCUUUUUCCCCAUAUCCCUCCCAGCUGAUUCAAUAUAAACACUUGCAAUAGCAUCCCAUCUACUUAUCCUAAAUGUUGGGAAGUCCAAUCUGCUUCUCUUUAUCUUCUCAAUUAUAGUUAUUGCAGUAUGGCUUAACCCUGCAGAGGGAUUUAGGAAGAUCCCGGUACUCAAAUUGUAAAGGUUAGCUGUUAUAUUGUGUACCUGGGGGAUAAGAUUUUGGAUGGCCGCGACAGUAUUGGAUAGUGUUAUAUCUAGUGGAGUAGUCUCAUCUGCAUUUGUUGUUGGUUUUGAGGGAGUGGAGAUUGGUUCUACUGGCUGAUUUAGGAGUGAUGGGUUUUGUGACACUGAUGGAGCACUUGCCUUUACAUCCUUGCCUGUGCUCUUCUCCAAAUUCUGCACCUCGUCAAUGUAACUCUCAUAUAGGUCAGCAAGACUUUCCAUUUGCUUGGCUGCUACACUUUUCUUGAAAGAUUUAAGGUAUGAAAAAUGAGUUAAUAAAAUGACGAACAGAGUCGGAGAAACGAAGACUCGGAGAACAACUCUUGUUUGAAAACCGAUAUGUCCUGUCACGGUCGCCAUUUAGUGGGCUUCCUGGCUUUCGGACAUAUCGGUUUUCAAACAAGAGUUGUUCUCCGAGUCUUCGUUUCUCCGACUCUGUUCGUCAUUUUAUUAACUCAUUUUUCAUACCUUAAAUCUAGUACUACAAUAAAAAUAUAUGGCAGAAGAAAGUGGGAGUUGUCUUAGAAGCUUUAGUUAUUUACUGCCCAUCCAAUCAGAAAUGAAUGGUAAGCAAAACAUAGUUAUACAAUCAAACGCGCGAAUGGUACGCCAGUUGCGAAACCAUAAAUAAAUGAAAACAUGCUUGCAAAAUGCGCUGAGCGUUCUAUGAAGUUUGCUGCGCACGCGGAAAUGAGUUGACCUAGUAACGCUUGUAAACACAAGUGUUCUGGUUGAAGUUUCAAUAUUUGGGCGACACAGUAAACAUGAGUUAAUAUUUUCGGAUCACUAAGAACUAAAAAAAAUAUUUUACUAGAGCUUGUGCUCUUUUAUUCACGCUUGCUUAAAGACUAAAAUACAAUUUGAUCUUAAGCUCUAAAGUCAGCUCGCGUGCUGUGUUUAUCUUUUCGGGUGGCCUGAUUUCUGUCCUUGAAAUAAUGCUGACCGGCGGCUAGCUCAUAUCGUUGUUUUGAUGAGUUAUUAUGUUUAUGCUGGCGAGCUCCGUUCUCGCGAUAUCGGUUAUGGCUGCUGCUAACUCCUUGUUUAUGUUUACGUUUGGGCUGUCGCUAACUCCUCCCCUCUUAAAUGAUUUUGUCCUCAAAAUUUGCUUGUCGUGCGAUAUGGAGUUGGAGUGUUUAUGAAUUCUUCGAUUUCUCGUUUUCGUUCCUCUGAUAAGUCGUUUGAUGUUUUUGUUUCUGUUAAAUUGAUUUCCUCUUUGUCUGAAUCUGGAUCUUUGAUGCUCAGCUGAAUGUUUGUAUUAGAUUUCCAAGAGUGUAAGCAGAAAAUGGCUAUGGCUAUGGCUGCGACAAUUAUCAACGUCAUUCCGAAUGAUCCAAAAAUAUUUAUUUUCCAUUGCAAGGAAUUAUUUUGUAAAUGAAGAGUUUCCAAUUUAUCUCGGUGUUCAAGUGUCAAAUUUUGAAGGUAUUCUACUGGUGGUUCAUCAAUGGUACUUAUUUCAUGAACAAGUAAUCCUGUAGUUGGCUGAUAAGAUUUGCCGGUGAAUUCAUAAUUAGUGUAUGUUUCUCCAUUAAUGUAGAGAUUGCAGUUGUGAAAUUGUAAGAGAAAUGAUCCAUUGAGAAAUCUGUUAGAACUACUGCAAUUUGAUGAUAUUUCGGCUAAUGCUUCGUUAAUGAAAAUAACUUCUUCAUUAAUUCGUUUGAUGAGUCCUUUCGUGUAAACUUUUUCAAAGAUACAUGUUGAAUGUCUUCCUCUAACGAGAUAAUUGAUGCAUUCUGUUGUAGGUUCCAGGUUGCUGUUAUCACAAAUGAAUUUACUUCCUCCUCUGUCUUCACAUGGUCCUUUGACUUCGUAUAUAUGGGUUGAAUUUUGUAUUAUGUAAUUUUGUUUGACUGUUAUACGUUUUUGAUUCCUUAUCACGGAGUCAAUGUAAUUGUAUUGAAAUUCAUUUGGGCUUACAUGAGGUACUUUCAAAAUGUACAUGAUGUGUGAAUUAUUAAUUGCAACUUGUACUUGUGAUUGUGACAGGAGCUCUUCAAAUGACGAUAUGUAUAUGUCUCGACUUUCUAGAAAUGUACCGAUUAGGUGAAAAUCUUGAAUGGAUAGCAAUUUACUGCUUGGGAUGCCAUGUUUUGCCAUAAGUACUGCCUCUUCAAUUGUUUCCACUUGGUCUUGAAGUGAAUCCAAGUUUGAGAGUAUAAUUAGUUGAUUUAUUUCUGCCGAGUGAUUUUUCAUUCUUUCUGUUUCUAGGGUUAACACCUGGUUUGCAAUUUUUGUGACUUCGAGUAAUCGUUCUCCAAUUUUUUUGUUGAUUAAUAUCUGUUCGUUAUUCUGACCGAUGAGGGAGUUCAUUGAUGAGUUAAUUAUGCGGAGAUCUUCAGCAUCAGGGUUUCCGGCGAUCCACUUCCAUACAGUGCCUAUGGUGUCCCAUCGUUUGUGUCUUCUUUUGAAAGGUUUUAUUCUCAAAUAUGUUUCUAAUAAUUUAUAAUGUUUUAUUUGUAUCAAUUCGUAUAAUGCAUUGUUAGAAUAUUUGUUUUGGAUUUCUUGAUCGAGAUUUUCAAUCGUUGUUUCUAUUUAAUUUAGAUUUAUUGGGUGGGCAACUCUUACGUGACCUAUCUUUAUUUUUGCAAUACCUAAAGGUAUUAUGGCCAGAGGAUUAUUGGUUAAAUCAUGUACUUGUAAUAGUGAGUAUGCUACAGGUACGCAGAGCGCGAGCCUGAAAAGAUAGAAGAUGAUGUGGAGUGGUUAGUUUUAUUUUACACAUUUUCUGAGAUUCGAUUUAUGAAUUUUUCGUCCUAAUUCAUCAAUUACAAAAGUUUCAUGAUCUUCUUUUAUUUUUAUCUUUUUAAAUUGUGGGUCUCUUUUAGAUACAGUAUUUGUUUUUUCAUAUGCGUAACAAUUUUCUGGGAAUUUUAAAUAUUUUGGAACUGUAAUUUUAUUAUUUUUAUUUUGAUAUAUUUUAAUUAUUCGAUCCAAAUUUUCUUGUCUUUGUUUUGCAAAAUCUGCGAAUGACAGGUUGUCUCUGUUAACUCCAAGAUAUACAUUUUUUGGGGUGUCAUUUGUGAAUGAAUGAAUUGUAUUGUUGUAUUUAUGCACUGCUAAUUGAAUUAAAUCAUUCAUUGGAAGAUUCGGACUUGAGUUUCUGGUGCAUCUCAUUAUUUCGCGUAUGGUUGAAUGUGCUCUUUCUAUUUGACCAUUUGUUUCUGAAUGGUUUACUGGGGUUUUAUAAAUUUGAAUACCUAAAUUUUUAAUGUGUUGUUCUAUUAUUUCUGAUGUAAAUGUUCUUUCGUUGUCGAUUACAAUUGUACAAGGGAUGUUCCAAUCGAAUAGUAAUUCAAUAAGGGCAUCUUUAACAUGUGCUAUUGAUCUGGACUUUAUUGGCUUUAUUUUAACAAAUUUUGAUAAUUUAUCUAUUGAAGAUAGAUAUAAAAAGUAUUGAUUAUAUAUAAAAAUAUCAAUAUGCACUAUUUCUCCUGGGUAAUGUGGUAUUGGUGUUUCUACUGGUAAUAUUUUUUGUGGAUGUCUAUCAUAUUUUUCCGUUUUACAAGUUUCACAAUUUUUGAUAUAAUUCAUAGUUAGUUUAUUCAUUUUUGGAAAAUAACAUUUUUUUAUUAAUUGAGCCACAUUUUCUUUAGCAUUUCUGUGUGCGUAAUUAUGGAUCUCUGCAAUUUUCUUAAUUUGGUCAUUCUCGUUGUUAAUGUCUUCUACAAUUUUCUGUGCAUAUCUGGCUCGUACAAACUUUGGAUCAAAUACUUCUUUAUAAAUUUCUUGUAUAACACCCAUUAUUGGUUCGCUUGUCAUAAUACCAUUCAUUAUUUUCGGUACCAGAAACUCUUUAAGUUUUUGUGUUAGGAAUUCUUUAGUAAAACGUGGUUCUGUGAAGAUAUGCCUUUUGAAUUUUCCAAAGUUGAUGGUGAGUUUAUAGCUUGAAUGAUCAUUAAUUUUGAAGAUGAGUUGAUUUUGAAAAACGUUUAUGGGUGAUUCGGUGGAUGGAAUGUAACAUUGAUCAUCAUUGUCUGAAGAAUGUAUUGUAGGAGUUAGUGAAUUUAUUUGCACACGGGAUAGUGCAUCGGCAACAACAUUUGCUUUUCCAUUUUUGUAAAAUAUUUCGUAGUCAUGUUCCUCAAGAUAGGAUUUCCAUCUUUUCAAUUUAGCAUUUACGUUUUUUGGUGAAAGAGCAAAUGUUAACGGCAGGUGAUCUGUGUAUAUCUGUAUUUUAGCUCCAUAUAUAAAGCAUCUCAGGGAAUUCAAUGCCCAUACUAUUGCAAGCAUUUCUUUCUCAUUAGUAGCGUAAUUUUCUUCCGUACGAGAUAGAGUUCGCGAUAUGAAGGAAAUGGGUCUUUCUCCAUUCAAAGUUUGUUGAGAAAGAACAGCUCCAAUUGCUGUGUUUGAAGCAUCUGUGGUUAAGAUGAAAUGUUUUGAGAAAUCUGUAAAAAUUAGAACAUCUUCUGACGUAAGAAUAUUUUUUAAUGUUUCAAAUGCAUUUAUUGCUUCAUCAUUUAAUUUAAUGGGAAAAUUUUUUGAUUCGUGUUUAGUUAUUCGGCGGUGGCCAUCCUCUUCUCUUAAAAGGAUUGUUAAGGGUUUUGCCAACUUUGCAUAAUCUUUGAUAAAUCGUCUAUAAUACCCUGACAAUCCAAGAAACAUUCGUAGUUCCUUGAUGUUAGUAGGUUUUGGGUAUUUUUUAAUAGCUUCAACUUUCUUGGGAUUUGGUUUUAAACCAUUUUCGGAAACGAUAAAUCCUAAAAAUUCAACUUCAUUCUUCAAAAAUUCUGAUUUAUCUGGUUGUAUCUUGAAAUUAGCUUUUUUCAAAGUCUCUAGAACUUUUUGUAAAUUUUCCAAAUGUUCGUCGAGGGUUUUUCCGAAGAUAAUAAUGUCAUCUAUAUAAACAUGACAUAUUUUUCCAAUGUGUUCUCUGAGAACAUCGUCCAUUACUCUUUGAAAAAUACUAGGUGCAUUUUUUAAUCCGAAUGGUAAACGAAUGAAUUCGUAUUUACCAUUGUUUACUGAAAAAGCGGUUUUCUCAAUGUCUUUCUCAUCCAAGGAAAUUUGAUGAAAACCUGAAGCCAAAUCUAAAGUUGUGAAGUAUUUAUUGUUGCCAAGGUUUGCUAGAACCGUAGCUGUUUCGGGAAUGGGAUAUUUGUCACUUAUCGUUUGGGAAUUUAGUUUUCUGUAAUCGAUUACUAGUCUGUACUUGUUUGUAUUGGAUGCGUCUUCUUUUUUUGGAACUAUCCAAACUGGAGAAUUAUAGGGUGAUUUAGAUGGACGAAUUAUUCCAUUUUUCAAAAGUUUUGUUAUCUGAUUUUCAACUUCUUGUUUCAAAGCUUGGGGAUAGGGAUAGGAUUUUGAAUAUAUGGGAUCGUUAUUGUUAGUUCGUAUUUCUGCUUUGACUUUUGUGGUAAAUGUUAGUUUUUCAUCUGGGGGCUGGAAUAAAUCCUGAAAAUGAGAUAAUACGUUAAUUAAUUUCUGCUUUUCAUGUACCUGUAGGUGAUCGUUUCUAAUGUGGAUCUUGUUGACUUCUUGUAAUUGGUGCUGUAAUAAUGGAAUUUCAUAUUUGUUAUUGAUUAUUAAUUUUUCUUUUGAUGUAUCAAUGACUGCUUGCAGCUCCUUUAGCGUAUCAUGUCCGAUUAUGGCGUCAAAUGUCCUUAGAUUAUGCAUAUGGAAAAAUUUAAUAUUUAUAUUGGAAUAUGGUUUGAAUAAUUUUGCUUGUGAGUAUUUGCUGAUUUGGAGAUCUCCUCCAACUGAAGAAACUGUGAAUGGUUUUUUCACUUGAUGUGAAAUAACUGCAUAUUUCGGAUGAAUAUAGUUUUUAUUUGAGCCGGUAUCGAUUAAGAUUUUCAAUGGUUUUUUCAAUUUUCCAUAAUACAAAAAGUAAGGCAGGGUAGAUUUUAUCCUAAAAAAUUCAACUCUGCUGAUUCA